AUGGAAGUAUUCCGCCAGUGUGUGCAGCAUGCCAUAAAGCGUCGGGAAUUCCGCCAGUGUGGGCAGCAUGCCAUGAAGCUUCGUAAAGAGCAGGCGACGAGCAAGUAUAUCGAUGAUGAAUACAGCUGUAUGGACCGCAUUAAGGAGAAAGCGGAUGAUUUCGCAUCCGAUGCCAAGUCGCAGGCACGCCAAACGCGAGACCACGCACAAAAUGAGAAGGAAGACGCCAAGAGCAAGCUGAAGGAUAAGGCCUCGAAAGCUCAAGACAACAUGCAGGAUAUGGCUUCAGAUGUCAAGAGCAAGGUGCAAGAUACGGCGUCGAACGCGACGAGCAAGGUGCAAGAUACGGCCUCGAACGCGACGAGCAAGGUGCAGGAUACAGUCUCGGAUGCCAAAAGCAUGGCGCAAGACACGGCCUCGAACGCGAGGAGCAAGGUGCAGGAUACAGUCUCGGAUGCCAAAAGCAUGGCGCAAGACACGGCCUCGGAUGUUAGAAAGAACGUGAAUGGUACUAUCUCGAACGUGGCGUCCAAGGUACAGGACACCGCGGACUCGUGGGCGGACAAGAUCAAGGGUUUUGCGAAGUAA